GAGGCUAUAGAAAUGUUCUGAAAGAAUGUAAUUUUCAUUAUAGUCUUUCAGUAUUUUUAAUAGUGAUAGGUUGACGCAAAAACACAUUAUGUACGGUAAAUUGUCAUCGCCAGAGCUGAUAAUCUAUACGUCGGUCGUGUUAAUAUUGGCUUUGUGGUUUCAUUGGAGAUGGAAGCAUCGAUACUUUUUAGAUUUAGCCGGAAAACUUCCUGGACCACCGUCUUAUCCAUUAAUCGGAACCACUUCUAUGUUUACACAUACGUACGAUGAGACGAUAGCAAAACUCAAAGAGAACGCUGAACAAUACAAUUACGAGCCAGUGGGGACGUGGAUAGGUCCAAUCCAUUACGUCAGCGUCGUCAAACCGGAGGAUAUACAAAUCGUAUUAAAUAAUUCACGAGCACUGGAAAAGGGUCAACUAUAUUCAUUCCUGAAAAGUUUACUCGGCGAAGGGUUGUUAACUGCUUCAGUGGACAGAUGGCGAAAACACCGUCGUAUCAUAUCGUAUGCGUUCAACGUAAAGUUUUUAGAGCAGUUGUAUCCAGUUUUCAAUGAGAAAAAUAAAAUACUCGUAAAAAAUCUUCGAAAAAAUAUAAACUCAACACAACCGUUUGACCUCUGGGAUUAUAUUAUAUCGACUACUUUCGAUACCAUAUGCCAAACUGCAAUGGAUUACCGUAUAAACGAAAAACACAAUAAAACCGAAUUUUUAGACCUCAUGACAACAAUCGCAGACCAACUCGUGAAGACCGUCAACAGACCGUACCUCUACCCGAGCUUGUUCUUUUCAAUCUACAGGUCUAUGAGCGGUCUUGGGGAAAAAUUGAAAUUGAUCAACAAACUCCCGUUGCAAUUGAUCAACGAAAAAAGAAUCGACUUCCGUUCGAAAAUAGUCGAGUCUGAAUCGAGCCCCGAAGAGUUCACGAAUGAAAAAAAAAACAAAUUUAAAACGUUUAUUGACACACUAUUGGAGGCUUGCGAAAACGAUCCCGAUUUUACGAACGACGAUGUCAGGGACGAAGUCAUAACGAUGAUGUUCGCGGGCAGUGACACAAACGCUACUACUGAAUGUUUCUGCCUUUUGUUGUUGGCCAUCCAUCAAGACAUUCAGAACGAAGUAUAUGACGAAAUUUACAACGUGGUAGGCGAUAGCGAUCGUGAUUUGACUCCCGAGGACACCGCCAACUUUGUGUACUUGGAACAAGUGAUCAAGGAAACUCUGAGGAUGUAUCCGACUAUAUCGGUGUUCACGAGACAGCUGGUAGAAGACAUCAAAGUCACAAACUAUGUCCUGCCGAGGGGCGCCAGCGUCACGAUAUCGCCGAUUGUCACGCACCACUGCCCGCACCUGUACCCGAAUCCCGAGGCGUUCAAUCCGGACAACUUCAGCGUGGAGAACGUGGCCAAACGGCACAAGUACAGUUACAUAGCGUUCAGCGGCGGCCCGAGGGGAUGCAUAGGUAUGAAGUACGCAAUGAUAUCGAUGAAGCUGAUGAUCUCCGAAGUGUUGCGCAGCUUUAGUGUGCACACGCACAUCAAACUGUCGGACGUCCGGAUAAAAAUGAAUGAUGCAUUCACACGGAAAGUCGGCGGAUAUCCGAUCACCGUCCGGUCGAGGGACAGGAGACCGUCGUACGCGCGUCGCAACAUUCCUGCCGUAUGAAUACGAAGAGAUCGCCACUAGCUGUAUAAAAUAUAUUUCGAAACCAGCGACAUAAUCGAGUCGACUCCUUUCUACUAUAUGUCUACGUUUAAAAUGUCUUGGAGAUUUUUUUCUCACACACGCGUCUGGCCCACUACCGAAACACAAUACGUAUCACUGUACGACAAUUAUAUUUUUCUUUCCAAUAACAGUAAUUUUAAUAAUAAUGAUAAUUAUUGUGGUACUGAGUGGUCCUCGCUUAGAUUUUUUCACGUUUAAGUUAAAAAUAAAAACAAAACGUUAAGUGACAAAACAUUACGAUUAUGGUGAAUAAUAAAAAUGAAGAAAACAUAAUAUUUCAUUGCGUCGUGUAAUACAAUAUUUAAAAUGUAAAUAAAAAAUGUUGCUUAUUUAGCGUUUAC